AAUCUUCCAUUCCUAACUCCUAAGUUCUCCAACAAGUUCAUAGCUUCCAAGGAACUAGAGGGUCGUUCAUCGGAUAACUUCGAGAUUCCGGCGAAGAUGAAGGUGCUCGUCGCCGUGAAGCGCGUCGUGGACUAUGCCGUCAAGAUCCGCGUCAAGCCCGACAAGAGUGGAGUGGAGACGAGCAACGUGAAGAUGUCGAUGAACCCCUUCUGUGAAAUUGCCCUUGAGGAGGCCCUCCGCAUACGCGAGAACGGCGGAGCAUCAGAGGUCGUCGCCGUUUCCAUUGGCCCCACUCAGUGCACCGAAACCCUGAGGACGGCGCUGGCCAUGGGCGCUGAUCGUGCCGUUCACGUGGACGUUGGACCUGCUACAGUCUUCCCGCUCUCCGUUGCAAAGAUUCUGAGGGCCAUCGCAGAGGCGGAGAAGCCGGGACUCAUGAUCCUCGGCAAACAG